GGCAAUCGCGUUCCUAAUCUCACCAUGGUCUUCUACUAUUUCGCUACAGCUCGUUGCCGCUACUCCCGUCUUUUUUUACUCAAAGAUUCCGCUUUCACGGCAUUGGACCUUCCAAUAAGAGUUUAGCGCGAGAAAGUGAGUGACAUCUCAGCUGACGAUCGUGUCUUUACCCAAUGCCGCGGAAAUAUGACUAUGAUGGCUCGGAUGAGUGGCGCUAUAUAGAACGAGAAGUUGAAUCGUCCCUAUCGGAUUUUGACCCGCGGUACGAUCGGUUUAGACGUAGUCGAAGCCCUGUUGUUUUGCCUGCCCCACGCGUUCCUUCUCCUGUAUCAAGAGAAUACAGAGGACACAGAAGAGGGAGACAUCACCGGUAUACUCCACCAAAAGAUUAUAGGGGCAAUGCUCUUUCUCUGGACGUCAGGCUGUACGGAUUCGAGGACAAUGAGUCUCCGGAAACCAAUUUCCCAGGGUUGUGGCCGUGGCCUACGACACCGGGGCCGGGCGGGUCUCAGAAGCAACCGCAUCACAUGCUAAGUAUCACCGCAGCGAGGAGAUGGUUCGAUUCAUCGAAGCAGCAUAGAUUGGACCUCACUUGCUCGCCUUCUCUUCUCGAGAUCGACAUGGGGAAGGAGUACCCGAUAAAGUGGCUUCAUGUAGAAAGGCAGGUUCCGGACUUCGAUGAGUUUGAGACUAUCGCUAUGAAUAUGCCCGAACUGACUGGUGACUGGAAACUGGUCGCUAGCGGUUUGUUCAAACGACUCACGGAGCUUGCACAUAGGAAAGGCGACGACUACCCUGGUCCAUGGAUGCUGCGGGCUGAUGGUCGAAAGUCAGACUGGGCAGGAAAACGGAACGUUCCUCCUUCAGUCACAUCACUGAGCUUCCCUUGUUUUGAGCUUGGUCCGAUCCAAGGACAUGGGAAGAAGAAUACACAGCAUCAGUAUCCGCUGAUGAGUCUGUAUCAGUGGUCGGAUUGUACUCAUGCUGCAAGGCAGUGGGAUAAGGAGCAAAGCUAUCCUAAAAUGGCCGAUGUCGAGAAUGCAAAGGGCCAGAUCAUCUAUAUGCCACACAUAUGGUGUGUGAUAGCAGGAAACGUGCUCUUGACUUACGGCCCAAUCGCCUUUGAGGCUUUACUUGGAGACUCUAUAAAGCAGGUUUCCCCGAAGGCAGAAGUCAGGAAAGGGCCGAGCUCGGUACAAGUCACUGAUGUGCUUGGAUCCACCCAUGUGUUCGACAUGAAAGAGUGUCGCACCUUUUUCGAGCUCCAACGCACCAUCACCCGCAAAUGCAUCCAAAAUCCAUAUGCAACGAUUGAUGACAUCGACAUUCUGCUCUCAGAUGGCUCGGUCCUCACUGGUGCGUCGUGGGUCGCCGCGGUUCAAACAGAGGAGACUACGACUGUUAAUCUUUUGCUUGCCCGAAAGAAGGCUUCCUUAGCACAGGAGCAUCAGCGAGAGCCUAGGAGACGGUUUGGGGAUGCACCUCACUUCGUACCGCCACCACGACAUCGGUCACGAUCACGACCACGACUACGAUAUACAAAGUACGAACCGUACAGAACUCGCGAGCGUCAUAGGGAGGAUGAGGACUAUCCACCGAGAGGCCGAGGGGUGUACGUCGACAUUCCAAUGCGAAGAAUGCCCGAAGACACGUUUACGUACACCUUUAGGCCUCCAGCCGCUUUAGACGGAGAUGCCGCUAACCAGACCGAUGCUACUGCGAGCAACGAUUCGAAAAAGUCCGGAAGUGGUGCAAGCAGCCGUGUGAUCUUGUCGGACAGCGACGGAAGCGAUGAUUCGAGCAACUCCGACAGCGAUGAGAGCGACAUCUCGGCCAAGCCUGAGAACACUUGUCGUGCUGUUGUCCUAUACCAUGGGGAUAUCGGACGGGCUACGAGACCGAGUUUGAAGAAUGGUGGGGUUACCGAAGUGGGUUAUCCUACUUCGCUAAUUCUCUCGAACGCUGGUGGACCGGAAAACAUUCGAAUCAACCACAGCGUAGAGGCACAUCCACUUCGACAAGAGCUCUUCGUUAGAAGGGACCUAGAGCGUGCCAUGGACAGCAUGCGAGCAACACAGGGGCAGAGUCGCAUUCAGCGCGAGGAGCAAGCCGACUCAGAAGAACAACGACCUGGCGUGUUAGUCUUCAAAAAAUCAUCGGCAUAUUUGCCUUCCAUGUACGUUCCUUUGCAGGAGUCCAGCCACCCACAAGAGCCAGAGACCUCCCGAAGACACCGUUCAACUCGAAACCCUAUCGAGAAUGGCAAUAUUGGUCCAUCAAAUUCAAGGGAAAGAGCUUCUGGGAGCGAAAAUCCCCAACCCUCUGCAAAUCAACCACAUAGAAGACCCGCUGGACCGAGCAUGCCGAAAGUCAACGUGAACUUGAAGAUCCGUAUCCCGCCUUUCUUAAGCUGGGCGACACAUACGGGUUUCGAUGCCCGCCGCACUAUGGAGAGAUCGGAACACAUUGAACGCAUCCUGGAGUCAAUUCAUAUUACAUUGAGGGAGCAACCUUCCGAGAGUAACCGAAAACUCUACCGCUUAGCACUUGAGCUACGUAGGGAUGCGCUAGAAGAGACCUACCCAUUCCUCAAACGUCUGGAUACGGGGAUCCGCGAGCGGCCAAGCUCUCCAGAAAAUGGCGAGCCGAUUGAUGCUGAGGGUGGACAUUCGACCACUGCAAGUUUCGAUUUUGGCGCAGUUGAUUCUCAGGAUUCUAUUCACGUGGACCUACUGAAGAAGUGCAACAAAGCCAUCACGGAGUUCUUGCAGACCGUCGAGGAAUUCUUCUCGUACUAUGUGCCGACCUCGUCGAAUCAUGCGACAGUGCAAAAAUGCUGGGGUGCUUUUGAGACAAUUUUGUCGAUCACAAAAAAAGGGCUGGAGCAAGAGCAGAAGAAGAGAGAAGAAUCCGAGGCCACCUUCUGGCUGGUGCGAGACAUUUCAAAUGAUCCGUUAGCCUCCCAACAUAUCAAGCCGUCGCUUCCGUGGCAAGAAUGUCGACAGUGUCGGGUUGGACACAUCUACCGAGACUACGAUGAGGCCGUUCGCCACGUAAGGAAUGCGCACUUCAAGUUCUCAAGCCGGACCGGCAAAGACCCCGAAAUAGCUGCGGAUACGCUCGCCAACUGGGUUCGGAGUGAUCAUCAAUAUCGUGUCGACCAACGCCUCGAAUUGUUUACAACUUAUCUCAACCUCUCUCUAGGCCAUAUGUGUACGGUCCUCGCAAGAGCCAAGUAUAUUCGCGAAGGCGUCAUCAACACCCACGCCCCUCAAACUACCCGUUACAUGUUGCCUAGCUCACUAGUCAGUUCUCUCGAAUGCGUAGUCAUGCUUGUGCUCUUUACUGCCCGUUCGUUCGAAAUCGUCAAUCGCUAUUGCAACGAUUUCAUGAAGAACCAGGGGGACAAAGACAAAGAAACGGAAGGUCUGCUUCGAUUGACGCGCGUCAAGAACGAGCUUGAAGCAGCGGGCCACGUUGCGUUAGAGUCUAUGGAGAAGGCUAAACUGGAUAUUAUGCUUAUGACAUUCACGAAUGUCGAUACGGGAACCGUGAGCUAUGAUGCUGUCGGCCCGGAGUACAUUAUUCUCACCGUCAUGCAAAACCUAUUCACCCGGCCACUGCACGGCAAGGAACGGAUCGACCAAGUUUACAGCUCGUUUGUUCGCAAAGUGUACCUCGACGCAAAGAACCACCCACGAACACGCGUGAUACGCGACAUCUGGCGGUUGCGUGAAGAAUUAGACCUCAUAAACGCAGUCAUCUACGCGCAAGACGUCAGCCUCGACAUGUUUUGGGAGAUCCUCUGUCCAUCUAGAUUCCGCGUCACGACCCAGACACGCGACAAUCAUUUUGACGUCGAAUGGCAAUUCAUCGCGCACGCGCAAGACGAGUGCGUGGAGACGAGCAGGAAAGUCGACGCCAUGGUGUCACGUCUCCGCAGUAUAAACACCCACGUCGUCCAGAUGCUGGAAAUCCAGCAAGAAAACAACGGAAAUGCGCUCAUUGUUUUCACCCUCGUUACUAUCAUCUUCCUCCCGCUUUCGUGGGCGACGUCGUAUUUGGGCAUGAAUACGUCGGAUAUUAGGGCUAUGCGGAGCUCCCAAUGGCUGUUUUGGGCGAUUGCGGUGCCGGUUGCGAGUGUGGUGAUUGGGCUGAGUCUGCUUGUGGUGCUCAAAGGAGAGGCCAUUAGGGAGUUCCUUAUUCGGAAACAGUCGGGGAUGGAGAGGCGUCUCGCGAGUAGGCGUGCGCCGAAGAGAACGGCUUCGAAGUCGUUUACGAUGGUGUCGACACACAAGACCGGCGAGGAGGAGAAGGGUGCGUGGAAUAGGUUUAGGAGGAGGAAGAACGGCGGUGCGCUUUCUAACGUCUAGGGAGAUGGUGGGACUCAUUGGGGAUGCGAGGAAAUGGGCGUAGCAGUCCACCGCUGCCUAGGACUAGUGGGUCCUACGCGAGCAGGACACACAUUGCCAAGCCGCC